GGUAUUUUCUAGCUAAAUUUACUAGCCACGUGCAUUAGAAGUGAAUUAACAAUGACGACCAAAGUGGCGGGAAAGAAAUUCAAAUGGUCGCUGGAGUUCAACAACAAGUCUCGCAGCAGCGGCUCCGAUAUAGCCGCACCACCUGGCUAUAAUCCAUCGGCCGACGUGAUCAGCAGCAAGGUAGUGAACCAGACCGACCAGAGUCAUCUUAUCCUGAAGAAAUCGUGGGAAAUUGCGCUUGGCCCGAUCAAACAGUUCCCGAUGAACCUGGUCAUCAUGUACAUGUCGGGCAAUUCCAUCAGUAUCUUCCCGAUCAUGAUGGUGGUAAUGAUGUUCAUCCGCCCGGUCAAAAUGAUGCUGUCGACACAUUCCACGUUCAAGGUGAUCGAGGGUAUCUCGGCCACUGGACAGAAGCUGGUGUUUUUGCUUGGCAACCUCGUCAAUAUCGGACUAGCGCUGUACAAGUGCCACAGCAUGGGUCUGCUUCCAACGCAUGCGUCCGAUUGGUUGGCAUUCGUCGAGCCGCAAGCACGGCUGGAAUAUUCCGGCGGAGGCGUCUCGUUGCUUUGAGCAUAAACAACAACACGAGAACCACCCGGGAGUGCAUUUUUAUGAACUGUUUGUAUUUAUUUUUCACUACCAUGUAGCGGAUGGUGAAGGAGGUAACAAUAAAAAGCUGUAAUCAAUAUACAAUGAUGAAUAUGUAUUUGUUGCAAACAUGGAUCUCGAACGAAAAUUUGUUUAUUUCUG